CGACAGCGGGUGGCAGCACGCGGAAGCGAGCGGCAGUGGUGGCAGCAGUGGCUUCAGAUGCAGUGGGCGACAGGGUGGCGGCGGCGGCGAACCAGCGGCGAGCUGGCUGGCGGUGGCGGCGGCGCGGCUGCUGGCUGGCGAGCAGGCUGCGAGCCAGCGGCGGGCUGGCUGGCAGCGGUGGCGGUGCGGCUGCUGGAUGGUGAGCAGACUGUGAGCUGGCUGGCGGCGGUGGAGGCGUGGCUGCUGGUUUGCGAGCGAGCAGCGAGCCAGCGGCGAGCUGGCUGGCGUCGGCGAGCAGCAGGCGCGGCGCACAAGUGGCGAGCAGGUGCGGGCGGCUACUAGCAGGCGCGGAGCAGCGGGGAACGGACGGGGCGGGCAGGUGCGAGCUGGCGCUGGGCAGCGCGGGCUGGCGCUGGCUGGCGCGGGCUGGUGCUGGUUGGCACGGGCUGGCGACAGGCGUGCGAGCUAACUACGGGGGUGGAAGUGGCUAGGGGCGACUAGGAGCGGCUAGGAGCGACUAGGGCCGACUCGGGGCUACUUACCUAGGGGCGGAAGCGUGAGUAGGUAGGACCUAACCUAGCUCUAGAUGCCAUGUUAGAGUAGCGUGAAAGUAAGACUAGGAAGGGAGAGAGGGAGAAACAAGUACAAGGCGUACUCUCUAAGAGCUGACCCAAUGCAGCUAGGCUAUAACAAAUUUAACUAACCUAGCUAGAUAAGAGUGAACAGACAGAACAGACAUGAGCGCGUGCCGAACCCCGAAAAAGGUUUUCUUGCAACUGUUACAUAGAACAGUGAAAAUCGCUGUCUGACCCUAGUUGAGAGUCCCUGGCUGAUAAUCCAACUCGGUCUGAUAUCUUCCACUCUUACUAUUCGCGCGUCGGAAUUGUGAAGUGGGUUGGCUAACAUUGCAAGCCGCCUUCACUUGUAUAUAUAUCCAAAUCCAAAGCACUGCACAUCUUAACUCUUACUGUUCUUAAUCUCUCCAACUUUCUUCCCUCCUCGCCUUUUCUAUUUCUGCUUUGUGUAAUACAUUCAAAUUCGAAAAUUCGUGCUGCUCGGAUAAUGUCAUCAUAUUUUAUGCACUUUAUGUGUUCUUCGCUUGGUGCUUCUGUCGUCUUGUAUCGGAGCGCAAUCUCUGUUACGUUCUGCACGUCUUGCCCUAACUCCUAACCAGGCCUCUUGCUAACAGGGUAAUUAACCUUAAUGUCGAGAAAUAAAGGGUAUUUUUUCCAGCGAUUCCAUUUGUCUAAGGUGCGAUUUUUUCCCGAAUCCAUCCAACUAACGGGAAUGAUUUCGCGCGAUUCCUUUGCGUAAAGGGUAAUUUUUUUCCGAAUACUUAUGGGCAAUACUCGUAGUGGCGCACUCUGUAGGGGUUCGCGACCCCAAACCCCCCCCUAGCCUAACCCCACGUACGCUGCUCUACAUCGCUCGAGCAGAAUUCUGCACUCAGCAUUCCUGCCCAGAAUUCUGCCCAGAAUUCUGCAUUUGACUAUCAGCUGGAAGGUCGAGAGUACAGAGCGAUCAAUUCCUAGGCACGGAUCGGUUGCGAUGUAGAAAUGACUAUCAUAAGCCAUCUAAUAAGUCCACGUGUUAGAUGCUGAAAUAAGAGCGAUCGUUUACUUGGCUAUGAUUGGCUGCGAUUCUCCAAAAAAGAUGUUGCGAUUCAUUUUCUUGCCAACGACCUACUUGGGCGAGGAUGCAUGCUCAGGGCGAUCCUGGGUUUUGCUGAAACUAUAUGACAAGGGUUGCAUGCGACCUUCGGACAUCAAAUAGAGUGUACGCAUCCAGUCGCAGAGCAUCAUGAGCGUCCCACCCUUCGAGCCUCCUAGCGAUGCGGAGGAUACCCGCCUGCCCACGUCCGAUCCUGCUGUCUCUACAACGGUGGAAAUCAAUAGUGACGAGGAAGAUGACUCCGAGGAUGAGGCCAUCGCCAAGGCUCGCCGGGCUGAGCACGGCAAGGAGAAAAUGGUAGAGGUCUCCAUUGAUCUUAAUGACGAAGCUCGUUCUGCAACAGAUUCUGACGAUUCCUCCGAUGACGAGAGUAUUCCACCCGAUGAAGGACCAUUCUACGGCCGCAGAGGAGGGGGCAGCCAUCAUCGUUCACAUUCCCGACAGCUUACUAUCUGCUGGGCCCCUCCACCUCCCGAGCAUCGUCAUAGACGCAAGCGCGCCGAGAUAAAUAUCGGCGGGGCACAACCUUAUGAUGACAAGAUCCCGAUGGCAGAGCAGAACAUUGCGAGCCGCUUCAAUGAACAAUGGAAGCAGCUGUUCCCAUGGCUGGACUUGAAGUACUGCUCGAAGGCCAAGAAAUAUGGCUUCAAAUGCAAGACCUGUAUUCAGUGGGUUGAGGAUGGUGGGCAUACACGCUACGGCAGGAAGGGCAUCGGCGCACGUGACUUCCAACUCUCCAGCAUUCGUACUCAUCAACACUCCAAGGCACACCUCCUUGCCCUUGCUAAGUCGAGAAUUGGAGAGGGCGUUGAUAAGAGGCAGCGCACUAUGAGGGAGUACGGAGAUGCUGACGCUAUCACCCGACGGACAAUCAGGUGCAUCCGAGCAGCCUACUUCGUAUGCUGCAACGACUGCCCCUUGACGUUCUACCGCGUGCUGACGCGCUUCAUGCGAGACGAGGGCGUGCCGGACAUGAGCGAGGCUGAAGUUACGGAGCGGUACCUAUCCGAGUAUGCAAUGGGGGAGUUCGUACAAGCCAUCGCGAAGCAUCUUCGAGAGAAGCUGCUGGAGGAGAUCCUGAAGAGUCGUUUCUAUAACCUUGCCGUCGACGAAUCUACUGACCGUGCACACGGAAAGCAUAUGAUCGUCUAUAUCACGUACGAGAGGAGGCUGCAUGUAGUGACGGAGUUUUUGGCGCUCAUCCCUGUGAAGAAGUGCGAUGCGGCCUCUCUUUUCGCUGCCCUUACCGCAUACCUGGAGGAACGGUCAAUCCCUCUCUCUCGGCUCGUCGGCAUCUCCACUGAUGGUGCAUCUAACAUGGUCGGCAACACGAAUGGCUUGGUGACCCGCCUUCGUCACCGUGUCCCAUGGCUAGUCGCAAUGCACUGCAUUGCUCACCGGGAGGCGCUGGCGGCUAAAGAUGCAGCCUCCAAAUUUCCGGAUUUUGGAGUCAUUGACUCCAUCGUCAGCAAAAUAGCCAACAACCAACACAGGUCUGGUGUGCAGCGGAACGAAUUCAUGGGGUUCCACGAGGAGAUGCUGCACACCAACCUGGAAUUGCAGGGCAUGCACCUGGUGCGCUGGCUGUCACCUGGGAAGGCCAUCACCCGCUUCUGCGAAGUUUUUCCCGUUCUCCUGUGGAUGUGGAAGAAGGACGAUCUAGCUCAGUUCAAGAUUGCCACUUCUCUGAAAUUCCAGUUCGUGCUUUAUCUCCUUGCCGACGUCUUGGAGCUGCUGAAUGAGCUAAAUCUGGAAUUCCAGAAACGCAAGGUCGAUCCCACUGCAGUCAAAGAUGCGAUGGAGAAACUGGGAAUCCUCUUGCUGCAGUGGUAUGUGGAGCCUCGGAGAUCUUUGGUGACAACAAGAGCAAGCGGCCGUCCCCAUUCCUCCAGGCGCAUGCUGAGAACUGCGAGCUCAACAUUCAGGGGGUUGAUGCUGAUGGCAACAUGACUUCUGAGACCGUGCCCAUGUCUGAAGACUCCCUUGGAGGGGAGUAUGGUGGUGACUUGGAAGCCUGCUAUGAUCUUGGCAGGGCCUUUGUCAGGGAGCUCAUCCUUGCCCUCAACCGGAGGCCUGGGAACCUCCGUCUCCUUGACGGAGCAAAUGUCUUUAUUCCCUGCCAGUACCCAUCAAGUGCAGCAGAUAGGGAGUUAACUGUUGGAGAGGGCAUUUUUAUUGUUGCGAUUAGUUAAACUGCUACUUAAAAUAAAAAUUUUAUGUGUUAAGAGUGCAAGGCUUUUGUUUCCUUGUUAGCCGAAUUUGCAACGGCCG